UAUGUUACAUGAGAGAGACACCUCAGGUUAGGUGGUUGCAAACGUGAGAUAAAGAUUCAACGGGAUUUCAACAUGGAUAUAAGCCAUUGAACUGAAACUCAAUAAAUGUGGUUUGUUGAGUUUUAAAUUUGAUUGUUGAAUGUAAAAAGGUUGAGUUUUUAUUUACUUAUUUUGUUUAGAAAAUUUUAAUGGAAGAAUCUGAAUGGGCUAGAAGGAGAAGGAUGUGGCAGGAAAUGAGGCGUCUAUAUAAUGAAACAAUGUGUUUCUCGUCCUGUUCGUUAAACUCGACCUCGCCUUGCACUACCUUUUUCUCUUUCGUCUGUUUUCUGUAUCUUUCGAAAUGGGGAGUGUUUCCUUUUCGAAUCAAUCCCACCCUUUCUUAUCCAAAUUUUGGGUUGAAACUCAGAAGCUAUGGCUAAUCGUCGGCCCUUCCAUUUUCAGCCGUGUCUCCGCCUUCACCAUGAACAUCAUCACUCAAGCUUUCUCUGGCCGUUUAGGUGACGUUCAACUUGCUUCCAUUUCCAUCGCCAACACUGUAAUUGUCGGUUUCAACUUCGGCCUCUUAUUAGGGAUGGCUAGUGCAUUAGAGACACUAUGUGGACAAGCAUAUGGAGCAAGGAGAUAUCAUAUGUUAGGAAUUUACUUGCAACGAUCGUGGAUAGUGCUUUCCCUUUGUUGUUUCUUGUUACUUCCUUUUUAUUUUUACGCCACACCAGUUUUGAAACUGCUUGGCCAAGAUGAUGAUGUAGCAGAGCAAUCAGGGGUAGUAGCGAUUUGGUUAAUACCGCUUCAUUUCAGCUUUGCUUUUCAGUUUCCAUUGCAGAGGUUUUUGCAAUCUCAAUUGAAAACCCAAGUCAUUGCUUGGGUUUCUUUUAUAGGAUUAGCUACCAAUAUAUUGGCUUGUUGGGUUUUUAUAUAUGUUUGGGAAUUUGGGGUAAUUGGGGCAGCCAUAGCUUUAGAUAUAGCUUGGUGGGUUUUGGUUCUUGGAUUGUAUACGUAUACAGUUGGUGGUUGGUGCCCUUUAACUUGGACUGGCUUCUCUAGUCAAGCCUUCCAUGGCCUUUGGGAUUUCACUAAGCUCUCCAUUUCUGCUGGCCUCAUGCUCUGCUCGGAGAAUUGGUAUUACAGAAUACUUGUGCUGAUGACGGGAAAUUUAAAGAAUGCUACUAUAGCUGUAGAUGCAUUGUCCAUAUGCAUGAGCAUCAAUGGAUGGGAACUGAUGAUUCCUUUAGCAUUCUUUGCUGGCGUUGGAGUUAGAGUGGCAAACGAGCUUGGUGCUGGGAAUGGGAAUGCAGCCAAAUUUGCUACAAUUGUAUCGGUGGUGCAAUCAACAGUGAUUGGAGCUGUGAUAUGUGUUGUUAUAAUGAUAUUUCAUGAUAAGAUAGCUUUUAUCUUCACAGACAGCAGUAGUGUUGUGGGAGCUGUUGAUACACUCUCAAGCUUGCUAGCAGUCACCAUUCUCUUGAACAGUAUCCAACCCGUUCUUUCAGGUGUGGCUGUUGGAUCAGGUUGGCAAUCUUGGGUUGCAUAUAUAAAUAUUGGCUGCUAUUAUCUUAUUGGUCUCCCACUUGGUUUCGUCAUGGAAUGGGUUUUCCACUCUGGUGUGCUGGGGAUUUGGGGUGGAAUGAUAUUUGGUGGCACUGCAGUUCAAACCAUGAUAUUAGUGAUAAUCACAAUGAGAACUAAUUGGGAAGUAGAGGCCCAGAAAGCACAAGAACAUGUGGAAGAAUGGUCCAGUCCUCAAGAAAUCGAGAAGCCUCUUUUAGCCUAAAGCUUGUAAUUAGUAAAGCUCCCCGUAGGAUAUGUUUGGAGUUAUUUCAAAAUAACUUAAAUCACUUUUUUUUUUCUUUUUUGUUUUUUUUUUUUUGUAUAUUUGACGUUUCGCGGUUACUCUAGGCAUAUGUUAAGUUGUAUUUAGGAGUGAUUUUAACAUAGUCAAAAUUAUUUAAAAUAAAAAGAUCUAAAAAUGCUUUAAA